GCGAGGUGGGCGCAUAAGUUCCACACAGACUUUAGGAGCGUUACGGGAGAGAUUGGCGCGAAACUCUAAAGCAGGUUGUUCAGCAUCGCUUAACUGACUGUUUAAACCCGCUUGAAUCAGAAUAAAGUUCAGUAAUCAUAUUUUUUAAAGAAAGUUAAAGCCGCCACUCGCGACAAGCCGAAGAGGAUUCAAUUAAGGAUUUUUCUCACUUUGAGCAAAUGCUGCCUGAAAGCGGUUUCAGUGCUGGGAAGAUGACGGUGACAUAACGUUACUUACAUCUUUGGAUCCAGUCGUUUAGAUUCUCUUUUGGUAAAUAAACUCCAAUGAAGAGUCUAUAAACUCGGACUUAUAGGCUCGACGUCCGUGAGCUGAAGCCCCCCCAGGACGCAGGGAUCCGUGUCGGGAUGGUGCGCCUGUUGAACUGCCUGCUGCUGGGAUAUCUGACCUGGAAUCUCCGGAUAUCGGAUGCUCACGGAGAGUACUGCCACGGAUGGCUGGACUCUAAUGGAAAUUAUCACGAGGGUUUCCAGUGUCCGGAGGACUUUGACACCAUGGACGCCACAGUUUGCUGUGGCUCUUGCUCGCUGCGCUACUGCUGCGCGGCCGCGGACGCACGGCUGGACCAGGGCGUCUGCACCAACGACAGGGAGGUGGAUAACACCGAGUUUGCAGCGCAGCCCAUCUAUGUCCCCUUCCUGAUGGUGGGGAGCAUCUUCAUCGCCUUUAUCAUAGUUGGCUCACUGGUGGCCGUCUACUGCUGCACAUGUUUGCGGCCCAAACAGCCAACCCAGCAGCCCAUUCGCUUUUCUCUGCGUAGCUGCCAGGGUGAGACCAUCCCCAUGAUUCUUACCACGGCUCCCCCGAGCCUGCGAGCGCCGUCGCGGCAGUCCAGCACGGCCACCACCAGCUCCAGUUCAGCCGGAGGGGGCAGCUCCAUGCGGAGGUUUUCUUUUGGAGGUCAGGGGCAGCAACAGCAGCAGCAUGGCUGCCUGGUGUCUGCCACCAUCUCAUCAUCAGCCUCCACUCCCACCCAGGCCCCACAGACUCUUCCUCCACCUCCGCCUCCACCUUACACAUCCCCACCAGCACCCAUGACAGGAAGCAUCCAGCACCCACUGCCUUCAUCCCACACCCAGCUGCAGCUCCACCAGCCCUCCAUGUCCUCUCACACAUCUCAGAACACCAGCUUCCUUCUGCCCCAACAAUACUUCUUCCCUCUGCAGCCUGACACCUUUACAGCGGCUAAGGGCUUCGCUGACUUUGGGCAGAGCUGACAGGGCUCUCAGCUGGGGAAAUAAAUGAUUACACAAUUUUUAGUGGGCAGGAAGCGACCUGGCACAGACAGAUCCACGCAACAUGGAUGAGGGCCGGCCAAAUGACCGCAGAGUGAGCUGUUGGAGGACAAGGCACAAAGUGUGAGAGCUGCCGUGGUCGACCAGCGUGGCCUGAGGCACUUCCCUAUCUGUGGCACAAGACAGAUCAGCAGACCUGACACCAUUUGUAAAGUUUAUGCACUUUUACUCUGGGAACAGAUCUCUAUGGGUUCUGUUUGUUGAUGUUUCAAGAUGGAAGUCGAGACUGAAAACUUAUCAGCGACCUCCCUGAAAAACAGAUGUUGCUGUCACUCAGACUCUGCUAAGCACUGUUACAUUAGCAGAGGUGUAAUAGACAUGGGAAAGCAGCUAAUUCCUUUUUUUGACAAUCGGAAGGACUUCUGAAUGAGAGACAUUUUAUUUUGUGUUAUAAGAGAAGUUAUACAGCUAUUCUACCCAGGUCAAGGUUGUCAUAUUGAUUCCAGCAAAUAAAUGUCUCAUAAUAACGUC